AUGGCAGCUAACGUACUGGAAGAAGACUCAAUGGAGCAGGACAUAGAGAGCCCUGUCACUAUUCAUCAGCCAAAGUUGCCCAAACAAGCUAGAGAGGAUCUGCCAAAAAAUAUAAACAAAGAAUUUGCCAAGAGAAAAAUCCAGAGGUAUGUUAGGAAAGAUGGGAAAUGCAACGUCCACCAUGGGAAUGUCAGAGAGACUUACCGUUACUUGACUGACAUCUUCACUACCUUAGUCGAUCUCAAGUGGAGGUUCAACCUGUUGAUUUUUGUCAUGGUUUACACUGUAACCUGGCUCUUCUUUGGAAUGAUCUGGUGGCUAAUUGCCUACAUGCGAGGAGAUAUGGAUCAUAUAGGGGACAGCACGUGGACCCCAUGCGUCAGCAACCUCAAUGGGUUUGUCUCAGCCUUUUUAUUCUCAAUCGAGACAGAAACCACCAUUGGGUAUGGUUACCGGGUCAUCACGGACAAGUGUCCCGAGGGAAUUAUUCUGCUUUUAGUGCAGUCUGUUUUAGGUUCUAUCGUCAACGCUUUCAUGGUUGGCUGCAUGUUUGUGAAAAUAUCCCAACCCAAGAAGAGGGCAGAAACCUUGGUUUUUUCUACAAACGCAGUUAUUUCCAUGCGGGAUGGAAAGCUGUGUCUGAUGUUCCGAGUAGGAGACCUUAGGAAUUCACACAUUGUAGAGGCAUCAAUACGAGCCAAGUUGAUCAAAUCCAAACAGACAAAGGAGGGGGAAUUUAUACCACUCAACCAGACAGAUAUCAACGUAGGUUAUUACACAGGGGAUGAUCGUCUCUUUUUGGUUUCACCACUGAUCAUCAGCCAUGAAAUUAACCAGCAGAGUCCUUUCUGGGAGAUUUCCAAAGCCCAGUUGCCCAAAGAGGAGCUAGAAAUUGUUGUAAUCCUAGAAGGAAUGGUGGAGGCAACAGGAAUGACCUGCCAAGCUCGAAGUUCAUACAUUACAAGUGAGAUCCUGUGGGGUUACCGUUUUACUCCUGUCCUCACUCUGGAGGAUGGAUUUUAUGAGGUUGACUACAACAGUUUUCAUGAAACGUAUGAGACCAACACACCAGUUUACAGUGCCAAAGAGCUGGCAGAGAUGGCCAGCCGAGCAGAACUGCCCCUGACGUGGUCUGUUUCCAGCAAGCUGGACCAGCAUGCUGAGUUGGAAACUGAAGAGGAAGAAAAGAAUCAAGAAGACCAAAAUGAAAGAAACGGUGAUGUGGCCAACUUGGAGAAUGAGUCUAAAGUGUAG